AUGACACAACCACAGAAGACGAUUGCCGUGGUCAACGCGACGGGCCGGCAAGCAGCAUCGUUGAUCCGCGUCGCGUCUGCCGUGGGUUAUGCCGUGCGCGCGCAGAUCCACUCGCUCAAGGGUCUCAUCGCCGAGGAGCUCCAGACCCUGCCGAAUGUCACGCUGCUGCAGGGCCCGCUGCUCGGCAAUGUCGCGCUGAUGGACGCUCUGUUCCAGGGCGCCCACCUGGCCUUCAUCAACACCACAUCGCAGUCCGGCGACGAGGUCGCUAUCGGCCGCGCCUUGGCCGACGCCGCCAAGCGCGCCGGCACCAUCCACCACUACCUCUACAGCAGCAUGCCCGAUCACUCGGUGCAUGGCCCGUGGCCGGCCGUGCCGCAGUGGGCGCCCAAGUUCACCGUCGAGAACUACAUCCGUCAGCUGGGCCUGCCCGCUACCUUUGUCUAUGCCGGCAUCUACAACAACAACUUCACCAGCCUCCCCUACCCACUCUUUCAAAUGGAGGUCCUGGCUGAUGGCAGCUUUGAAUGGCGCGCCCCCUUUGAUCCCGAGAUCCCGCUGCCCUGGCUUGACGCCGAGCACGAUAUCGGGCCGACGCUGCUUCAGAUCUUCAAGGACGGGCCCAAGAAGUGGAAUGGACAUCGCAUCGCCCUCACCUUCGAAACCCUUUCCCCACUUCAAGUCUGUGCUGCUUUCUCGCGUGCCCUAGACCGCCCCUGCCGCUAUGUGCGUGUGCCCAAGAUUGAGGUCAAGGUCAACAUCCCUCCGGGGUACCGGGAACAGCUCGAGGCACUGGAGAUCCUGUUCGGCACCUACGAUGCCCCAUACUUCCCACAACCCGAAUUCUCGCAACCAGCAGCUGGCUCCCCCAAGGGUCUGGGCCCUGCCGGGGGCAAGGGUGCUGGUGCUGGAAUGAUGCAAGGACCCGGAGGUGUGAUCUCACUGCGCGUGACAGACGAGGCCCGCCACCUGUGGCAGGGCUGGCGUGAUAUGGAGGAGUAUGCGCGGGAAGUGUUUCCGGUGGAAGAAGAGGCCAAUGGCUUAGAUUGGAUGCUGUGA